AUGGACGUGUUCAUCCGCAAUAUGAUGAUCCGGUUCUAUUUGGUUUGUAAGAAACUGCAAGACGCACAACUGGUAUUUGAUGAAACGUGUGAAUUGGACGUCAUGUCAUGGGACUCUCUUUAUGUUUUUGAAAAAAUGCCAGAAAGAAAUGAGGUUUCACGGAAUAGUCUGAUCGGCGGGCUGGUGAGGUUUGGUUGUCUUGAUGAUGCGCAAUGGCUCUUUACCCACAUGCCCAAGAGGAAUCUGGUCUCAUGGGGUGUUACGAUCUCCGGAUAUGCUCAACAUAGGCAGCCAAUGGAAGCUUUAGUUUUGCUCGGGGAGAUGGAACUAUUAAAUCAGAAACCGAAUGCUGCAGUUCUGGUGAGCGUUCUUUCUGACUCUUCUCAAUUAGGAGUUCUGGAUCAUUGGGUUUGGAUUCAUUCUUACAUUAAAAGGAACCAUACAAAUUUUGAUUCGAUAAUUACUGCAGCUCUCAAUGACGUGUACGAAAAAUGCGGUAACAUCAAUCUAGCAAUGCAAGUCUUUCAUUCAUCAAGAGAGAAGUAUGUUUCUGCUUAUACAUCAGCCAUUUCUGGGUUGGCACUCAAUGUCCAAAGUGAGGAAGCACCUUUGGUCUUUGUGAGCUUGCACUGGAAAGUAUCUGUUUUGAUCAAGCCAGAUUUGGAUCACUAUGCCUGCAUGGUAGAUCCUCUUGGCCGUGCAGGUUUGUUGGAGGAAGCAGAAAGGUUCAUAGAUUGUAUGCCAAUAAAUCCAGACCAUGUAAUAUGGGGGGCCCUCCUUGGUGCAUGCAGGAUCCAUAGGAAUAUAGAAAUGGGUCAAAGGGUCGGGAGUUUUCUGAUAGAAUCUGAUCGAGACCAUGGUGGACGUUACAUUCUUCUUUCAAACAUUUAUGCAGAGUCUGGUAAAGGAGAUGAUGCUGAGGAAGUUAUGAGAACUAUGCGAAGAAGAAGAAUUAAACAGGUCCCCGGGAGUAGUUUGAUCAAGGUAGAUGGUGUUGUUUAA